CGGGAGCUAAAGUAAAGAUCUUGAAAUGAGUUGGUGUUUGAGUAAAGUCUCCGCUGCUGUCCUGCGAGGAAGCGCUAGGACUCAACAGGUCUGUGUUUCCUUAUCCGCCCGGCGAUGGCUAAGUUCAGACAGCGGAAAGCCAGAGCACGUAGACGGGUUGGUGAAGAAGGACAAAGUGGUCGUGUUCAUCAAGGGCACCCCGGCCCAACCCAUGUGCGGCUUUAGCAACGCGGUGGUCCAGAUACUACGUAUGCACGGCGUGCAAGACUAUGCGGCCUAUAAUGUACUGGAAGAUCAGGACCUGAGGCAGGGGAUAAAGAAUUAUUCAAACUGGCCCACCAUACCUCAGGUCUAUUUUAAUGGUGAAUUUGUGGGAGGCUGUGAUAUUCUACUUCAGAUGCAUCAGAAUGGAGACCUUGUGGAAGAGCUAAAUAAGUUGGGGAUUCGUUCUGCACUAUUAGAUGCUGAACCGAGCCAAGAGAAAAAGUAAUGCACUGUGUUAUAAACUUUAUAUGUCAAAAGGAUAAAGGCCUGAUUGCACCAGAAAAGCCUUAUUUGCCUGGAGGAACUGUUGUACAGAUGCUCUAAUGUCCAAAAGAAGUCCAUGUAAUGUUCUCUAUUAAUAUAUCAAACCUGGUGGAGGACCUCCACCAACUUGUGCAGAAGCCUUUCUGCCAUGGAAUAGAUUUGUGUAAUAUAUUUAGAUAAUGACCACUGAUGUGUUGAAAGAAAAAAUUUACAUUAAGAAAAUAUUGUAAACAAUAAAAUAUACAGGUUUA